AUGAUUUAUAAGUUUUGUGUUCCUCGAAAUACUAAUGUGGAUUUCGUAAAUUUUCAAAAAAUUAAAUUGUUUUUUGAUUAUUUUAAAGAUUAUGAUAAAUCUAUAGAGGAUUUAAAGAAACGUAACUACUCUUGUAGUAAAGAAUACUAUGAUUACUUUACAAAAUAUCUCGAUAAUUAUAAGCAGUUAUAUAAAGAGUGUGUUACAGAAUAUCAUCCCCAAAAAUAUUUUUGUAAAGAAUUUCGUUCUUAUUAUAAUGCUAAGCACAAUAAAUUAAUUUCUUGGUCAUGCAAUUUAACAGGAUCAUCUGAAGCUCCUAAAUUGAUAUUACAACUGAAAAUUAAUGCACAAAAACAACCUAAUGAACUUCCUGUUCAAGGUGUUCAUAACAUUGAUGGAGCAACUUCUGAAACCACUAUUAUUACAGUUCCUUCAAAUGACAAAGCUACUUCUGUAAUAUCUAGAAGUAUCACUAGUGUUGCUACAGUUACUGGACUUUUAGCCCCUUUUUAUCUAGUGUACAAUGUAAUUAGUAAUGUGAUUUAUACGCCCGCUAAUACCUGGAUAAAAAAUAUAUUAGGAAGGAAUAAAAGAACAUAUCAUAAUCCGUACGCAGAUCAGGAGUUAAUGGCAAAUUUCUCUAUACCUGAAGAUUUAUAUUCAGAGAGAACUAGAUAUAAAAUAUCGUAUAGUCCUGAAUAA